AAACUUGUGACGUAUUGAGCGGAACCAAGAUGGUGGACUUGGUGAUCGUAUUUUCUCUGAGUGAAUAAAAACAAUAAUAAUUUCGAAAAGGAUGAAUAUAUUUAGAGAAUGGAGUUAAAGAAUAUAAAUAACAAGUUUAGAAACUAACACAAAUAACCAAAAUGACGUGAUAUAAUCAUGGAUCGCGUCCGUCAGUUGCUCCAUGCCUGCGAACACGGUGAUGGCCAUUCAGUUCAGGCUUUGCUGGACGAAGGAGUGGGGGUUGAUAGCACUGACGACGAAGAAACUACGCCCCUACAGAUUGCAGCAGCAAAUGGGCACGACCACAUUGUAAGACUUCUGUUAAUGAAAGGGGCAGCAUUAGAUCAACCAAAUAAUUUUGGAUGGACCCCACUGAUGCAUGCUUGUCGCAAUGGUCACAAUGAAGUAGUAGUAACACUGCUUCAAAGACAGGCAGAUAUCAGCGUAAAAACUAGGUAUGGCAUUUCAGCAGUUACACUUGCAGCCAGAGGUGGCCAUAUACAGGUGGUCAGAAAGCUAGUCGAGGCUGGCAUUGAUUUGAAUAACUCAGGGAAUGGAUGCAUGUGUGAAUUUACACCUCUUCUAGUUGCUGUUGAACAUGGACAUGAUGCAGUAUUGCGUUUCCUUUUGGACCGUGGAUGUGAUGUAAAUAACAAAACAGCAUCAACAGGACUAACACCUCUAAUGCUGGCUGCUGUUAAUGGGCACCUUAAAACUGCCCAGAUUCUCAUAGAGAGUGGUGCUGAUGCCAACCUUACAUCUAUAAAUAAUAGGACUGCUUUAGAUAUGGCAACAGCUAUGGGAAAAAGUGAGGUUGCCAGUUACCUUGACAGGAAAACAACAAAUAAAACAUUCAAAGAAUCUGAUGAAAAGAAACCAGACAUAAUAGAUGCAACCAAAAAAGGUGAUAUCAGAAGAGUGAGAUCUAUUUUAGAUCUUGAUCCUAGUCAGUUAGAUGCUUGUUCUCCACACGACGGUGCUACAUCUGUUAUGUUUGCUGCCAUGACUGGACAGUUAGAGAUAGCUCAGUUACUGGUGGAACGAGGAUGUGAUAUCAACAAACAAGAUACAAUUAGUGGUUGGACAGCAUUAAUGCAGGCCACAUAUCAUGGGAAGAAAUCCAUAGCAAUGUUUUUACUGGACAAGGGAGCUGAUGUGCGGAUACAGGCCAAUAAUGGUUGUACAGCUUUUGAUAUGGCAUCAUUAAUAGAUGAUGUAGAUACAGAACUAGUCAGAAAGUUAGCAAGUAAAACUAUAGCUGUUCCUGGUAGUCCAGAGAAAGGCAAGAAAGUGACUGCAAAACAAAAUGGUGUUGCUUCAUCACUCACAGAUAUCAGCAUGGAAGAGCCACCAAAGAGUGGACUUAAGGGCUGGUUAAACAGACUUUCAAACAGAUUUCGGAACAUAAAGAUUGGUAGAACUUUAAAUUUGUCUAAUCGUGUUGUUGCUAUGUCAUCAGAGAAAUCAACCUCCGUACAGGAUCUCACGCUAAAAAGUACAAAUAGUCCUAAAGUGCCUACAAAAAAGCUGAAUAACUUCAUGGAACAUAGUCAGUCAUCCCCAUCCGUGAACAACUAUGGAAAUACAUAUACAGGGAUGGCGCUGGAGAAUAAACAAAGUGCUACUGUGUAUACUCUGGAUAUAAAUCCUCCCAGCUCUAACCUGUCAAAUGACACCUUGAAACCAGUCAUACCUCCAUUUUUACCGCCACCCAGUUUUGCUCUUGAUACAGUUGGUUCCACAAGGAAACCAGUUAGUGCUAGAGGUCCUGGUUCAUCUAGUUCAGUGACAUCACUGUUAGGAGGCAGGUCUCACACACAUCUUAGUGCUAGUCCAAUGAUCCAUGCCAGGUCUUCGUCAAGGCUUACUAAUGGUACCACAAGUAGUUCAGCUGACUUUCAUAAUGGUCUGUUUUCAUCAGAGUCUUCCAGCACUCCAAACAGACCAACACCAAUAUUUGUACAACCAUACACACCGACCAGACAAAACCUGAUGCCAAGAAAACCACCUAUAUCCGCUGUGUUCACAUCUAAUACUACAUCCCCAAACAGUUCAACAAGUGGUAGUUCUUCUGUCACACCAAUCAGAUCCCAUGGUCGUAGUACAUCCUCUAAAGAGAGUACAACAUCGACACUAACUCCCUCACCAUCACCCACACCAGGAAAGUAUCCAGAUGACCACCACCCAUUAUUAGGUUCAUUAGAAGAACAUGAUUCACAAGCUGAGUUGUCAGGAAUUCUAUCGAAACUGUCAUUAGAAAAAUACCAGCCAAUAUUUGAAGAACAAGAGGUUGAUAUGGAAGCAUUUCUUACAUUAACUGAUCAAGAUCUAAAAGAAUUAGGCAUAUCAAAUACACAGUCACGAUCACAGAUCCUUACAGCAAUCAAUAAACUCAGCACUGGAAAGGGAAAAGAACGUCAGCAGUUGAUAGAUACUAUGACCUCUUUCCAGACAACCCUCAAAGCCAAGGUGGCUUCAGAGCCUUCUAACCUUAAUGGAAUGAUGUGGCUGCAGUCCCAUUCAAGGAGAUUGGACUACUCCUGACAGAAAGAUAAGACAAAAUUCAAGUACAAAUGUCAUGUGACCAUACACAGAUCAGAUCAUGGAUUUAGAUAUACCAAUAACCAUACUUGACACAAACUGAAAAUAUGGCCGUUGAAGAGGUGAUACUAGAAAACAGCCAAUGACAGAGUUUUGCUUAAUGCUAAAAUUAUCUGUAUUCUGAAUUGUGAUCGUGAAAGCUGUUUGUUUGUUUGUUUCUGAUCAUACUAGUUGUAUUUUUAUGUGAAGUUGUGAUUUUUAUGAUUAAGGUUGUGAAGAAAAUGUCACUGCUAUUUGCUAUAUAUAUAUAUGGUGCCAAAGUUAUGUUUGAGACAUUCCCUGUGAUUAUAUAAAUACGUAAUCACAGGACUAGACACUUUUAUUGUGUUCUUGAUGUAUUUAUAGAUAAUGAGUAUUGAACAUUAUGAAAAUGACAUUGUUGUGUUAUUGUUGUUAGAGAUUAAAAUUUUAAGUAUACGCUGACAAAAUAGGAAAUUUUAAAAUAGUUAUUUCAUUAUUUUAAGCAGUUUUUGACUUAAAAUUAAGUUGAAUAUAAACUAUUUAUAGAUUUGCUGGUGUGAAAAGGAGGCUUUAUUCUACCUAUUUGUGUCAAAUGAACUGCAGACUUGAUAAAUGAUUUAAAGGGGCAUAUACAAAUGAAUAUUUUAUUAUUCAUCAGUAAAUGGUAUCUGCUACUGAAUACAAUUAGAUUUUACAACAUUCUGAUUUAUUAUAAGACUGCAGAAAACCAGGCUCUAUUAAUUACUACCUUUUUUAAAAAAAUGAAUCCAAAUGAGAUAUGAUUAAACCUUGAUUGCAAUUAAUAGGGUGGUAAUCUUUAAACAAUGUAACAGUUUAUAAUAAGAAGGUUUUUAUUUUCACUUUCGAAGUAACAAAUUUAUUAAUGAAAAUAAAACCUGGAGAGAUUGGAAUUAAUGUUACUGUACUUUAUAUUAUUUGUCAGUUUUCCUACCGAAGGUUGUGGUUCUCUCCCGGCACUCCGGUUCUUCCACCAACAAAAACUGGCCGCCACAAAAUAGCACAAUAGUGUUGAAAGUGGUGUUAAACACCAAUCAAUCAAUUAUAUUAUUUGUAAAAUAAAAAUGGUAAGAUAACAAUUUGAAUAAAACUUUUACAUCAAUACAGCUUGUAUUCAAAUGAAAUAAAAUAAGAUAAUUGUUUAACUUUUUGUUUAUUUUAUUUGUUGGAAUCUGUCAAAUCUUGUUUUCUGCAAUUUUUUUCUAACUAAAAUAAUGUAAUGGCCUGGAUAUUUCAGAAUAAAUUAAGUCUCCAUAGAUCAAAGGUUCUUCACUUGGGUUUCUCAUUUUUAUACAGCUUGUAUUUAAUUUAAUUUAUUGAUUCAAUAAACUUAUUUCCUAAAACAUUUUUGUAUAAAAAAUUAGCAUAUAACAAAAAAUAACCAGCAGAAAGACAGAAACUGAAGCAGAAAAAAUAUCGUGCUGGUUUUAUAAAAUAUUGAACAAAAUAUUGAUUUCAUGUGACUUUAAUCUUUGACAUGUUGAUCAUGUGAUCAAGGUGCUAAGAUCAACCAAUAGGAAUCUCAGAAAUAUAGAGAAUUAUAUCUAUGCACAUGUAUCAUGACAACUCUAGUCCAUAAGAUCAUGAGAAGGUUAUAUGAUAAAUUUGUUAAUGCAUUGUGAUAUUUUUGUUUUAUUAUUGUAUUUUAUUGAACUGCUGGUUUUUAAAUAUUUUAGAUAUAAUUAUUUCAGUAUUUUUCCUUUCCAAAAGGACUUUCUAUUUUGGAAAACUUUAAGACAUUGAGAGUUAAUAUUAAAGUUUAUACAAUGUAUGAUCCAUUGAACCAAUGGAAGGCAUUCUAAAAAUGGGGGUGUCGAUCCAAGUAAGCAAUUUCAACAUUUUUUGUUUGUAAUUUCUUGCUCUAUAGUUUUAGGCACAUGCUCAUAGUUGUAAUUUCUUAUUGCUAUACUUGGAUGUCAUAUAUUUAAUAUAAGCAAUGCUGAAAUGUUUAUAUUAAGGAGAGCUAAGGUUUGGUUUAAGGUAGAUUACCAUGAAAGUAUGGUCACUUCAACUUGAAACUUAGUACACAUAUUCAUUAUGAUAUGAUGUGAUGUGAAAUUUUAAACAAAAUAUGCUAAAUUAGGUUACUGACCCAGAUUUUGCAGUUAACUUCAUAUGAAAAUGUAAAAGUAUGAAUGGAGGAAUGUGUCCUGUAGACACAUAAUCUUUUUUCUAUGAAACAUAAUCAUCAUUCCUGUUAAAACAGCAACUACACAUUAUGUGACUGUAAGGAAAUUAUAUCUGCAUUGCUUUCUAUCCAGUGCACUUUUAAUGUAUACCUUUGUAUCAACAUGAGUUUUAAUCAGAAUAAAGCAAAUAUAAUGUUUGGUCAUUAAAAAACCUAGAUUUAUAGAGAAGUUGUGAUUUUGCGCUCCGUCCUAAGUUUUGGAAUUUUUUAUUUCUAUCCAGAUUGUUGCCGUCCAUGCUUUUGCUUCUGUUUUAUGGUCAAAAGCGUUAUUUUCCUUGAGCUUCCAGUAAAUUUUAUAAUAUUCAUUAUACUGGAUUUUUUGGGUUGUUUUAAGUAUUAUUACACUCUAAAUGUUCAUUCUAUUUGCAUCUUUAUCAUGUUUAUAAUAAAUUUGAGUAGACAAAUGUCCUGUUUAAAUUUACACAGAACUCCAUAAAUGUCCCUAUACUCCGACUGUUAGAACUUAUAAUAAGUAGCAACAAAUUAUAGCCAAAACAUUGUAUAAUGCAUUUGGAAAAGAGGAGGGUUUAUUAAUUCUAUAGAUUAUUUACCUUGUAAUAGUCAACUAAGACAACACUUAAAUGUUUGUUGUGUUGAUAAUUAAAAGUAUGAUAGGUUUAAUGUUAAAAGUAUGAUAGGUUUAAUGUUAAAAGUAUGAUAUGUUUAAUGUUAAAAGUAUGAUAUGUUUAAUGUUAAAAGCAGUAUUGUGCAGAAUUCUCAAAUUUCCUUUUCAUUGCCAGACAUAUUUUGUAUUUGAAAAUUUCUAAAUUUUGAAAAUUUAUUUAAUGAAUAGGAAUUUUUUAUGUUCUUCACUUGUAAUUUACGUAGCUGUAAUCAUGAGCAAAUUAUUCGCUAUAUAUAUAUUUCUGUAUUAUUAUUAUAAGACAGCAUUUCAAAGUAAUUUUUUGUGAAUUUUCAAUUAUCUUAAAUUCUUUUCUUGAGAAAGCUGCUUUAAAGAAUUAUGAUAAAAGUUCUAUUGUGAAGAGAACAAUUACAAUAUUUUUUUGAUGUGUAUACUGUUCUUCCAAUUCCUAAAGAGAUUACAAAAUUAAUCCCUAGUAAUUUUCAUUUCUUAUGUAUUUUUCUGCAUAAAAAGAUAGCUGUAUUUUUUAUCAUUACAUUUGUUGACUGAAAUACUUUCAUUCUGAUGUCUGACCUAAGGAAUCUCUUCCUUUUAAACAGAGUGUAACUCCCAUGUAGUGUUUUUAUUGAUUUUCAUUUAGUGCCAUAUGAUUUUAAUUGUCUUCUCUCCAAUUUUAUUUAUUUUAAAAUCUGCUUUACCUUCCAAAAGAGAUCAGUAUUUGAUUUAUAAAGAUGAUGCUAACACAAAUCACACAUCCCUGACACUAAUCUUUAGAAUGAAGUUCUUAUUGUGAUUUUAAAUUCAUUUUUUUCUUUUUUAACGACCCGAAUGAAGUAAAUAGGAGAGGAUACAUGAAUAUUAAUGCAUUCUUAAAUAAUGUCCCAUUUAUAAUAUUUUGUAUUAUGUUAUGAAAUCCAGUAUUUGGGCUGUCCAAGAAAUGUCCAAUUAAAAUUUUAAUUGAUAUAAUAUUAUUUACAUGCUGUCAGUUAUUGUAAAGAUUGUUGUACAAUUGUUGCAGAUGCCAUGUCUUAUUUCUGUUCUUAUUUCCUCUCAAUCUAUUUAUAUGCAUGGCUUUUUCAAAUGUUAUAGCUGUAUUGGAUUGUAAUAAUUUAAACAUAAGUAAUGCAUUGUUUUAUUUGAUUGUAAUGAAUACUGUUUUCACAGUCCAAGAGAAACCAAUGAUUAUAUGUUUAAUACAAGCAUCAUGUAUUUUCACUCCUUUGGAUUCAUACAAAAAUAGUUGUUGUCAAAACAUCAACUGAAUUGUAUAUUUAUUAAGGUUAAUAGUCAAUGUAAUUAAGAGAAAAAUAAGAUUUUGAAUGCUGAAAAAUAAUUGACUUGUGAAAUUUGGAAUAUUGGGUUCGCAAUUCUCUUCAACUUUGUACUUAACUGAGCCUUUUUAACUUUUUUGAUUCAAGUGUCACUGAUGAGUCUUUUGUAGAAGAAACACAUCUGACGCACAAAAUUUUAAUCCUGGUAUUUAUGAUGAGUUUAUCCCAAUCAAGGAUUUGUAUAGUAUACAAAUCCUUGUCCCAAUGUUGCCCCCCAGAGAUAACUUUGUCCACAGUAAUAAGUCAUAUAAACUUUUAGCACCAGUAUUGUGGAAAUAAUUAUUAAACAGGAAUAAUUUUAUAACAAAUAGGUUUUUUUCUGGUCUGACUAAAUAAUUGAUUAUUUGUAACAGGUUCACAAUUUGUAUUUAUACAUUUCUAGAUCUGACCAAAGUCAUAAUUGAUUAUUUGUAACAAAGCUCACACAUUCUGCUUGUAAAUUUCUUGCAAUGAUAAAUUGAUACAUCAAUAGAAUUAGAAAAUAUUCCUGUUAGUUAUAUGUUUGUGUUUUGGGAAGUAGUAAAUAUUAUAUGUUUUCCACUGAGAAGGCAAUAAUAAUUAAUGUCUUUAAUCUGCAGUAUUUAUGAUUUAUUUUAUAUCAUUAACAGCUUUUGAUAUGUCUUGUAAAGCAGGGUAUUGAUAACAUAUACAUGUAUUUUAGAAUUGUGAUAAUCAAAAUAUAUAUAUAUUAUGUUUCGUAUUUGUGACAUGUUGCAUAUUUUAUGUGUUUAUUACACAGCCUGAAAAAAUAUUAUUCUAAAAAUAUCUGGAAACAGUGUAUUUCACAUGGUGUCCUCUGAUAGCAUAUGCUUUAUAAAUAUUUUAUAGCUUUUCAAUGCCUUCAAUUGUUCCUAUAACUAUACCUUCUCAAAAAUUAACUUCAUUUUUACCCUACUUAAUUUCAAAUAUUUUUGUUGCAAUAAAAUUUUGAAAUAGGAUUUCACAGGAAAAUAUAAAUAAUAUAAAAUUUUCGGACAACCAGUCAAAAGUUAACAUUACUGCAGGAUCUAUGUAGUGUACUUCAGAAACACUUAUUUAGCUCAAAACUUAUAAUUUGACUUAACCUUUGUCAUGGGAAGUUGAAUGGUGGACUGUGAUAAAGAAAAGUUGUGAGGUGACACUUUAGAAACUUUAAAUAGCAUUAUAAACCAUUCUUAGCAGGUCAAGAAAAUAUUAAUCAACACAGUCUUUUACUAGUAUUUCAUCUAUGAGUUAAUUGUGGUCCUCCGUAAAAACACUUUAUUUUAAAUCUAUUUCAAUGUUUGAAUGUUGUGUAAUUGAUGAGUAUGUUUUGAGAUGUUAUUGAUGUCAGAAUGUUUGUUAUAAAUGAGGAAUUCAUCAUUGUUUAUGAAUAAAUAUUUACAUUUC